UUCACAGUUUCAUAUCCGAAUCAUCGCGCUGGAAGGAUGUGCCGUCGCAUAUCGAGUUUUCCAGUGUCACAAAAUUCUGACGCGUGGAAAUUCUCACAUCGAUGGAAAACAUAUUACGUGUUAUUUAUACAUCUUUUCUCACAGAAACCCGAGGAGUAAAGUCAAUAUCACAAUACCAAAAUUCCCCGAUGUACAAUGCAUAAAGUUCAAUUUAGUAGCUUAUCUCGCGCGCGAAGUAAGAUAUAUUCUCUUGUUUCUUCUGGAACGACGUGUGUUCUCCAACGAAAAAUAAGGUAAAUUUGUCGUGUGCCAUUAAACAAGUCUAUCUGUACAACGGAAAUAUUACAAGACGAGCAGUUACAUUUUAUCUCAAUUUCAAUCAACACCACGGUUGCCAAGUCUCCAGAUUUCGACUGGAGACUCCAGUUUUCGGGACCAAUCUCCAGUUCCCCAGCAGACAGGAAAAAUCUCCAGUUCGCUCGUGUGGGAGAGUGAAAAUAAUAAUGGAAGAUAAAAGCCAAAGCGAGGUACUCACAGCAAAAGAUCCAACAAAAAUAACAAAGUCUGGCGAAUCAACCGACAUCGAACCAUUAAAGUUGAAAGUGUAUAAAAAGAGGUGGCUAAUGCUGAUCAUCUACAUGAUUUAUAAUGGAACGAAUUCUUCUCAAUGGAUAGAAUACUCGAUUAUAACCAACGUAGUCACUAGAUAUUAUGGAGUGUCUUCAAUGAUGGUUGAUUGGACCUCGAUGUCAUUUAUGGCAAUUUACGCAGUAUUUAUAUUUCCAGCGUCGUACGUGACAGACAAGUGCGGUCUGCGAUGGACCAUCAUCAUAGGGGCCGGUCUUAACUGUUUGGGUGCUUGGAUAAAAAUAUUGUCCGUUCAACCCGACAGGUUCUAUGUUGUUUUCAUUGGUCAUUCGAUAGUCGCACUCGCACAGACUAUGGUCCUACCGUUACCAGGACGUUUGGCCGCGCAAUGGUUUCCUCCAACCCAACUCUCAACCGCCACAUCUUUGGGUAUUUUUGGCAAUCAAGUGGGAAUAGCGUUGGGUUUUCUUUUAGGGCCUAUAAUAGUGAAAAAUCAUAACAAUCUGAAUGACAUAGGCGAAGAUUUGUCACGUUUAUGCUGGACAGUCGCAAUAAUUAGCACAAUUGUACUCGCUCUUGUGCUUAUACUAUUUCAGAACGAACCAAAAAUACCGCCGAGCGAGACGCGGGCACUGCAAAAAAUGAAUCGAAUGGAGAAAAGAGAAGAAUUCGUGGAGCCGAUUAAAAGGCUCUGCAGAAACAAAAACUACAUCAUGCUCUGUAAUUCCUAUGGUUUGAACGUCGCCGUGUUAAAUGCUGUGUCUACAUUACUGAAUCAGAUAUUCCUCGCACAUUUCGAGAAUGGAGAAGAAGAUGCAGGCAGAAUUGGCUUAGCGAUAACUCUCACCGGUAUGGUCGGUUCUGUUAGUUUUGGUAUCAUCCUUGAUAAAACGCAUAAGUUCAAACAAACUGCCAUGACUGUAUAUUUUCUUACAUUUUGUGGUCAAAUAUUAUUUGCAGUGUUUACUUGCAUGGGUAUAAAAUGGAUGGUAUACGUGUCGGCGACUUUCUUAGGAUACUUUAUGUCGGGAUAUCUGGCUAUGGGAUAUGAUUUGUGUACCGAAUAUACGUAUCCAGAGUCGGAAAAUAUACCUGCGGGACUUCUCAACAUAACAUCCGGCGUUUACGGCAUUAUACUCACUAUAUCGUUAGAAUUAUUAAUGAACACGUAUGGCGACAUUCCGGUGCACAUCGGAUUAUGCUCGGCUUUGCUGCUCGGUUUCAUUUUGACCGCUAUAACAAAAGACGAGCAGAGACGACAAGACGCGAGAAAGAAGGCUCAAUAUGAAGGAAUCGCGAGAAUUGAAAAGAACGUCGAUGGCGUUCCAGAAACGAAUCAACUUACUUAUAGCAUUACUUAAUUGUCACAAAUAAUCUUAUUAAAUCUUUUAAUACUAAUAAAUUUCGA